UUUACACUCCCUAUACAGCACUGGAACAGCACAUGCGAUGGCGGCCGCACAACAAACCGAGUUCCAAAAGAAUUUUCGCCUGAUUGUUGAAAAGAUCUUCAACCACUGGCAGAAUCUCCGGCUGGCCGUGGAGCAUGGCAUGGGCGGGCGCAAUGGCCAGCAGGUGGCCAUAGAAAUCAUGGACUACACCUAUCAGUACUGCGUGGCCAAUGAAAACAUCACCCAGGGCGAGCUGCAGGAGGUUCUGGAGGAGCUGAUGGACCAGGAGUUCAACACGCUCUGUGACGACAACUCCAUUCCAGAGAUUUGCAGGAAUCUACUCCGCUACAAGCAGCUGGCCCAGCAGAAUCAGUAUCCACAGAUCGAGGCCGAGCUGAGUAAACUUCCAGCCGGCAAGGAGUGGCUGCGUCCGGAUGUGAAGAUCACAUACACCCCUGUGGAAGGCGACUCCUCCUCCGACGACGAUGAUGAUGACAUGGAGGAUGAUGACGAGGACGAAGAUGAUGAUAUGGAGGAGGAGGCGCCUUCUAGCAGCGGACGAAUGACCCGUUCGCAGGCCCGCAAACAAAAGGCUGAGGAAUUCGUGGAACCCGAGGAUGGUUGGACCACCGUGCGGAGAAAAUGAAUUUGUUUAUAAAUUAAACAGCUGUUAGUUUUUUUUAGUUGUAA